CUUGGCGGGGGUUUUUUAGGGGUCGCGCGCGCGCCUCUCUCGUCGCGGUUUUUCUCUCUCCCCUCACGUUCAGGUCACUCGCUUCGACCAUGAGCGACGCGGAGGAUGGCAUCACGUUCGAGACCAGGAAUUCGCUUUUGAAGUCCAAAAGCAGAAGCCCUGCAACACGCAGGUCCAAAAGUGCGUCUCGCUCCAAGUCCAGAUCUCGUUCCCGUUCCAAAUCCAGCAGGUCGCGCUCCAGGUCACGGCACAGCUCGUACCGGCGCUACUCUCGUUCCCGCUCUCGCUCCCGUUCCCGCCGCCGCCACCGCUCGCGCUCUCACUCGCGCCGCCGCCGCAGCUUCACCAACUCGCCCUUCUCAAACCGUCGCCGGCACCAGGGAGACCGGUGCGCGUAUAACGCCCGACAGGGAAACCCGGAGCCCAACACGUGCCUGGGCGUGUUUGGCCUGAGCCUGUACACGACGGAGCAUGAUCUGCGCGAGGUGUUUGGCCGCUACGGCCCCGUGGCUGAUGUCAACGUGGUGUACGACCAGCAGUCGGGCCGCCCGCGUGGCUUUGCGUUUGUCUACAUGCAGAACAUGGAGGACUCCAAGGAGGCUAAGGAGCGAGUGAACGGAAUGGAGCUGGAUGGACGCAACAUCCGCGUCGACUUCUCCAUCACGAAGCGCGCACACACCCCGACGCCCGGUAUCUACAUGGGGCGCCCCAGCUUCCCCCCGAGGCGCAGAGAAGGCCAUGAGCGUGGAGGCUAUGACCGUGGGGAUCGCUACGAUCGUGGGGAACGUGGCGGCGGCGGAGGCGGCGGCGGGUACCACAGCCGCGGCGGGUACGAUCGUGGCGGGUACGAUCGCUACGAGGAGCGGGACUACGACCACAGGCACAGCCACAGCAGCUAUGGACGGUACAGGAAGCGCUCCCCAUCUCCGUACUACGGCCGGGGGGGAGGCUACCACUCGCGCUCACGCUCUCGCUCGUAUUCCCCGCGUCGAUACUGAGGAAUUCAAGUUGAAACACCAAUUCUCAACACCAGUGCAGUAUCAUGUGCUGUUACGUCCAGUGGGUUUUUUUAAUUGAGACAUUUUGUAUGUCAUUUUGUUCACAUGUUACUACUUGGCCACGUUUACCCCUAUUUUGUAAAUUCCAAUUGUGCUCCUUAGUUGUGAUUUUUCUGAAUAGCAAAGUUUGUGCACAUGAGUUUUCAUGUUGAGUGUCGCUGCUGGUUGGAGCGGCAUGGUGGUCUGUCCCAGGGACGCGCCCUGGGUUGAGUAAAACAAAAAGUUGUACGAGUAAAAAUCACACUUGUGCAGAGGUUGCUAAUUACUGUGCUUUCUACGCUUUUCACAGCGAAUGUUGAAAUUCUUUUGAACCUUCUUUCUAGCUAGUGAAGAAUGAGGUUUUUAUUUCAUGGUGAGCAUUGUUUGUAUGGCUGUAAAUGCAUGGCAAAUGCAAGAAGGGCAAUACAGCCACGCGGAAUCACCGCAGUCCCUUCGUCCUGUGACCUCUUAACCUUUUAAAAAGCUCCUAGUGAUGUCUCUGGCCCUCCAGUUGCAAACCCCUCCCUUAUUCUACACCUCAUUCUCACAAGAGCACAGCAGCACUUGAAUAGCAGUCUGUAUAGGUUAUAAUAAUUAGUUCUUGUUAGACGUAGCGAUAACAAAUAUCAAGGAGGUGCUGCUUGGAGUGUUGCAUCACAACCUCGAGGGAUGGGUGACGGCUUGGGGAGUGGAUUGAUUGAUGUUGAGCCAAAAGGUACAUGGCCUUGAGAACAUGGUGGCACGUGGGAAUACUUUUGGCGAUGUUGGAUAAGGUGACGCAGAUAAAUCAUUACAACUCAACACCAAGUUUAGUUUACAUCGGCUUAGAUUUCAAUAAUUGGCUUGCUUAUAUAUGGAUGGAAUGCAUCAAAAGAAAUUUGGGAAAUUGCAUCUCAAAAACUGAACAUUGUACACUGGUGUUUUGUUAGGAUUGUAAUCACUCAUUUAAUAUUGCAAGUAUCCAGUUAACUUUAAAUGGCCUGUAGAAAUGUAGGCUUAAGCUGUGUGGCCAUUAAUUCAACUCUUUGCCAUUUGUAGAUUAAAAUGUUGACCUUUCAUUGGUAUUAAGAAUUGUUCAAUUGGGCAGACAACCUAAACCAGAUAAAUAAUUUCAUUCAAUGAAACUGUUUUUGAAAAAUCUUCCUGGCAUAUAUUGAAGUUGAAUAAUGAUGUUGCUACAUUUGCUGAUCUACACUUUGAUCCGCCUAAACUUCAGUACUACAUUACAAGAAUGGUUAACAUUAAUGUCCAUGCUUUGUUUUUGUUGUUUGGUUUUAAUAAACUUUAAUAUCUAG